CAGUCGGUGAAGGCGUGCGUGUGGAACUGUGUGUGUGUGUGUGUGUGUGCGAGAGAUAGAGAAAAGAGAGAGAGAGAGAGAGAGCGAGAGAGAGAAAGAGAGAAAUAGAGCGUGUUAAGACUCCUCCGUCUGUGCUCCUUGUGCACACAAAUGGAGAGGGAACCAGCAGAAGACAUCCCUGACCGGCGGGUUUAGUCACAUUUCCGUGCACAGCAAUAUUUUUCAUGUGCCUUGGCUGUGCAAUGUAAAGUGAAGAAAUGGCAGAGCUUGGAACAAAUGGGGAAAGAAGUGAGGACAAAGGCCCGGCGGUCGGCCUCUCCCCAGUGGGUGGGGCCAAGAGGCAUCGAGGGAUUGUAAUACAACUGACCAGGACAGAGGGAGAGUGGAACAGUCUGGACGACAGUGAACUCAUCUUCUCCAUCGACCAUGAUGACGACUAUCCCUCCAUAUCUCUCUCUAAGGAAAAGCAGUUUUCUGUUGAGGAUGAAAGAAAGUUGCAGUCCCAAGCUUUCCAUGUCCCGCUUUCGCCCUCGUCCCCUGAAUCGUUGGGCUCCGCCAGUGGCCCCAGCUUCCUCUCCCCGGGCACUUCCUCACCCACCCACCGACCCCUCUCUAGCCUGGUCAAGUCUCUCUCCACAGAGCUGGAGCUUAAAGAAGGCUCUACCCUCAGUCCUAGGCCCCUUCUCAGCCUUGUAAAGUCCAUCUCCACGGAGAUCUCCCGCUCAGAACCCGAAGUGUCUCAGUCAAAAUCAGACUCCCGCCUCAACCUCCACCUGUGGAAGCAGCUCACUCAAACAAAGAAUCGCGGUACUGGGGACUCUCGUACCGCACCCCCUUCUCCGAGCUCACACUCCCCUAGUGGAGACAGUCUGAAAGGGAGCUUCUUUAAAAUGGAGUUAGAGGACACCAAGAGGAAGCUCUCGGAGGCCAUGCACGAGCCUCUGAGCAGCAUGUUCAGUAAGAUCAUGAGAGAGGAGAACCCAGGCAGUCCCAAACAACAGUGUAAGAGCCAUGGGGCUCAUCAUGUUAGCUCCAGAGCGUUGGGGCAUGAAGGUAGCAUGGACACGGUUCUCUCUGAGUCUCCUGUGAGGGACACUAGAAAAGCAGACGUGGAUGUUUUGCCUGUGUUUGACUGGCCUUCUGUCAGACAACCAGGGAGCACCCACUGUGGCCCCUGCCCUGUGCAUCAAAACAGACAACAUCACAACCAUGAGGAACUGGAAAUACGUACAGACAAUGACGUGAUGCAAGUGUUAGCCGUGGAGCGAUUACCUACCCUUACAGCGCCCCUGGUUAGAACUUCCCCCCUUUCUCAACACCCUCAUCCUCUGCCACGCAUUAGUUUAUUCUGCGUGGCAGUGCUGUCCUAUGGCUAUUUCAUCCUACCUCUCAGUCCAUACUUCUCUGGCAUGGCUCUGGGAUUAGCACUGGGCUUCUUGUUAGGACUGUUGCUCAUUAGGAUGGGUUCCUGCAGGACUCGCCGCUCAGCUCUUCCAUGCAGACCACAGACUCUGUUAGGUGAAGUCAUUCUGACAGGUGGCACUGUCAGCACUGAGUCUGACACCCUCAAGGGCUGGAUGAAUGAGAUACAUGAUUACGACCCAGAAACCUACCAUCCAGCUCUGACUCACUCCGUGUUUGCUGCCCUGGAGGGUUCUUGUCUCCGACUGGACUCCCCGCGCAACAACAUCAGCCGCAGGGCCACGUACGAUGAGAGAGUCCACGAGACCACCUUUGUCAAGUCACGCUCCUUUCAGCUCGCAAAGAGCAAAGUAUCCCUGCUGCCAUCUCUGUUGGCUCGGAAGCGGAUGUGGAACCCAAAGUAUCCCAUCUGCAUCCAACUGGCCGGGACAGAGACCACAGAUGAGGGAGGAAGGUCGGAGGGGAGUCGGAGCGAGGAGCCGGGAGCUGAACCUGCAAGUCCACAACAAAGUUCCUCCAAAUACGUCCACGACCUUCCCACCACUCUUUACCUCUUCGGCCGCACAGGAAGAGAGAAAGAAGAGUGGUUUCGUCACUUCCUGUUUGCAUCUUUGGAGACAGAGAGGGACAAGGAGAGGGACAGACAGAAGCCUGGCAGAUGUGUGUCCAGAUUGGGUGACCCAGCCUUGGCACCGAGCGUCAAUGUCCAGGGUAAUGUCCCAAGCAGCAGAGGCUCCAGCUGUGAAGACGACGCCCCCUUCACACCUCCGGUCCCCUGCAUACCUGCAGCUCCUGUGAGUCAGACCUCCAGUAGCACCGGGGGCCUUUCCCUGCUGGACUACCCCGGAUACAUGGCUCGCCUCCUGGCCACUGAGCAGUUCACCCCCCUCUCCAGAUCUGGAGCCAGCAGCACGGCAACAAGCCCCACUAUCAAUGAAAAUUGUACCUGUGGUCUAGCAGAGCACCCUGGGACAAGCCAGACUGCGUGGGCUAACGCUCUAAUUGGUCGAAUCUUCUGGGACUUCUUGCGAGAGAAGCACUGGGCCGAUGUGGUUUCCCACAAGAUCCAGAAGAAGCUGAGUAAAAUCAGACUGCCUUACUUUAUGAAUGAGCUGACUCUGACUGAGUUGGAUAUGGGCGGCUCCAUGCCACAAAUCACCACUACCUCCAGACCAGAGGUCAACCACAGAGGCCUGUGGGUGGAGAUGCAGCUGGUCUACACUGGUGCCCUGCAGAUGACCCUGCAGACAAAGUUCAACCUGUCCAAGCUGGGUAAGGAAGCCGGUCAGGCUGCAGACUGUACGGCUGAAACCGGUAGCCCACGCUGCAGGCCCAUCUUCAGCGUGUUGGCAGACAGUGAUGAGGAGUCCUCCAGCGCUGGGUCAUCUGAUGAGGAAGAGCUGCUUCUCUCUGAGACUCAGGGUCCCGUGGGGGAGAAGGGAUCCACGCCACCUACCGAUGGCACAGGGGGUGGAAAGACUGGACGGAAGAUUUUGAGAUUUGUGGACAAAAUCGCUAAAUCCAAGUGUUUCCAGAAGGCGACAGAGAAUGAGUUCAUUAAAAAGAAGUUUGAGGAGAUGUCCAACACGCCUCUGCUGCUCACUGUGGAGGUUCAAGAGCUGUCAGGGGCUCUGGUGGUCAACAUCCCACCGCCCCCUACAGACCGGAUAUGGUACAGCUUCUGCGUGCCCCCCAAGCUGGAUCUGCACGUCCGUCCCAAACUAGGGGAGCGGGAGGUGACUUUUUGUCAUGUAACCGAGUGGAUUGAAAAGAAACUGCAGGAUGAGUUCCAGAAAGUGUUUGUACUGCCGAACAUGGACGACAUCUACAUACCCCUGAUGCAUUCUGGGGUGGACAGCCCUCAAGCCUCCCAGCCCCUGUCCACUCAGUCCCGACGCUCCCAAAACUCCUCCACGGAGUCCAUAGAGAGGAUCCCACCCGAGGUCCCUGGGGCAGAACCACACUAGUGCCACUAGUGUUGAUGAACAAAGGAGCGCUUAGCCUUCAAAUGGAUUCAGUAUGUUCUGUAUAUUCUCAGUGAGAAAAGUUACAUUCGCUCCUAUGGACUUCAGUAGCAGACUCACUAACCCUUGUGUUUAUAUCUGAACCAGGAGUUUCUGACGCUCUGACGUUUAGCGCUGCAGGCAGUGUUGUCGUGUCCGAGUCAA